AUAAAAGCCAGCAAUUUUUGGUCAAUUUUAUCAUAUCUUUUUUAAUUGUUCGUGAGUUUUAUGUAAUAUUAAUAAAUAGAAGAAAAAUUGAAGCAAACAUCGAAUAUAAGUACUGUGUUUUUAGGUUAAAUUGACUAGUGGGUGAGAUCUUCGCCGCAGCCGGAGUGGCCUUCAACAAGCUAGGUGAGCUGACAAUGCAACUGCAUCCUACAUCAGAUUCACUAGCAGGUAAAUGGGCUGACGAGGAUAUUGAGAUGCUCCGUCAGUCGGUCAGAGUCUUCAGCGAAGAAUUGAGCAGAAUUAGCGAGCACAUCAAGAGUCGGACGGUUUCUCAAAUACGCACCACCCUGAAGAAGAAGGCAUUUGAGGAGGCAGGCAUGACGGUUAGGCAGCAACAGAUUCUACCUCAGCAGGCGCAGCAAUCAUCAUUGGUUCAGCAACAACAGGUCACGAAGCAGCAAUCGACAUCGGGAAACCAAAGUCUGAUUGGCAAAUCAGCAGAAGUCACGUUGAACAUGUUGAAUGCACCUGAAACAGAGGUGGACGUUGAGGGACUUCCCGAGGAGUGUCAAGUAAAGCUUGAAUUUGAAGAAGGUGCUACUGAAGAAGUCACCGGUUAAACUGUUUCAUUCGUUCAUAAGUGACAUAAAUGACAAGCUGGUGAUACCAUCUUCAUUUUUUCAUCAAUUGUUCAUCGAACAUUUGAAUUUUAUCUAGUUUUAAGUAUCAGUCUCACAUAAAUUCAUAAGUUACCUUUUUGUAAUAAACGUAUGAAAAUACCUAG